AUGGCACAAGAGAAAGAAAUCUUCCUCAUGGACACAUCCAACCUCGAUGAGAGGCAAAAGGAGUACUCCAACCUCUGCCAUGAUGAAGUGUUGGCAAAGAAAAGAAUGAUGGCAUCUACCUUUGCACCACCGAUGAGCGGUUUCGGAGGCUUCAGUGGCAUGGGAGGCAUGGGAGACUUUGGUGGCAUGAGAGGCAUGGGAGGCAUGUGUUGCAUGAGUGGCAUGGGUGGUUUUGGUGGCAUGGGAGGCAUGAGUGCCAUGGCAGCACCUUCGGGAGGCUUUGGAGGCUAUGGCGGCGUGGGUGCACCACCGAUGAUGAGUACCUAUGGAGGCAUGGGAGCACCACCGGGUGGAUUCAUGGCCUCCGUGGUAGCUCCAUCUUGUGGUGAUGCCUAUGGAUAUUCUACGGGUAAUGUCAACUCCGGCCAAGAGCAGGGCGUGGAGGAUUCCAACAGGACCGUCGCGUACACGGACCAGGACGGCCGGAUCAAGCUGUUCAGGGUCACCGCCAGGGAGCUCGCGGCGUCCUCCAUCUGGGAGAACCCUCUGCUGCCGCCCAGAGACACGCAGCCGGCAGCCGGAGCUGUAUUUCGACGCAGGAGGAAAGAGCAGCGGAUUCAAGAGUUGCUUCAUAUGGACAAGGAGGCUGAACUCCAGAUGCGAAACAUGGCCACCAACAGCUCGAGGAACUUCGAUAAUAAAGUGAAAGCCAGCUACAAUAUAUGGAGGCAGGAGUUCCACCACACGAAUACAGACUCCACGCUGAAGCUCAUGAAGGACCAGAUAAUAAUGGCGAAGGUGUACGCCACCAUUGCACGUUCCCAGGACGAGCCUGACUUGUAUGGAUCGCUCAUGAGGUGCAUAAAAGAAAGCAAAGCAGCUAUCGGGGACGCGCAUAUGGACAGUGAGCUGGAUUCGAGUGCUUUAGAGAGGGCGAAAGCAAUGGGGCAUGUGCUGUCUUCGGCUAGAGAUGUUCUGUACAACUCUGACGAGGUAUCGAGAAGAUUGCGUGUUAUGCUGCAGUCCGCGGAACUCAGUAUUGACACAGUGAAGAAGCAGAACACGUUCCUGGUUCAGCAUGCUGCAAAGACGGUUCCCAUGCCUUUGCACUGCCUACACAUGCAAUUGAUAACCGACUACUAUUUCCGUGAUGGUGUGAUCAAGGAGUAUUUCCAUGAUGCUGCUUUGAAGGACGAAGAGGAUAAAGCAAAGCUCGAGGAUCGGUCGCUCUAUCACUACGCCAUAUUUUCUGAUAAUGUCCUUGCUGCCUCAGUAGUUGUCAGAUCAACUGUGACACAUGCCAAGGAACCAGAUAAGCACGUGUUCCACAUCGUCACCGACAAGCUUAAUUUUGCUGCCAUGAAGAUGUGGUUUAUCAGUCAUUCUUCUCGCCCUGCUACUGUCCAUGUGGAGAACAUCGACAAUUUCAAGUGGCUCAAUUCGUCCUAUUGUUCAGUUAUGCGGCAACUUGAGUCAGCUCGUCUCAAGGAAUAUUACUUUAAAGCACAUGAUCCGUCAUCACUCUCCGACGGGAACGAGAAUCUGAAGUACAGGAACCCAAAAUAUUUGUCUAUGCUCAACCAUCUAAGGUUCUACAUGCCAGAGAUACAUCCCAAGCUUGACAAGAUACUGUUUCUGGAUGAUGAUGUUGUUGUGCAGAAGGACUUGACACCCCUCUGGGAUGUUGAUCUCAAAGGGAUGGUAAAUGGUGCAGUUGAGACCUGCAAAGAGAGUUUCCAUCGCUUUGACACUUAUCUCAACUUCUCACACCCUAAGAUCUCUGAGAACUUUGAUCCACGUGCUUGCGGGUGGGCUUUUGGAAUGAACAUGUUUGAUCUGAAGGAGUGGAAGAAGCGAAACAUCACCGGAAUAUACCAUUAUUGGCAAGAUUUGAAUGAGGAUCGCAAGCUGUGGAAGUUGGGCACAUUGCCUCCAGGGCUAAUUACCUUCUACAAUUUGACAUACCCAUUGGAUCGCACUUGGCAUGUCUUGGGCCUUGGCUAUGAUCCAGCCGUUGACAUUGCUGAAAUCGAGAAUGCUGCAGUAGUUCAUUACAACGGGAAUUACAAGCCCUGGCUGGACCUUGCCAUUUCCAAGUACAAGGCCUACUGGUCCAAGUAUGUCGAUGUUGGCAGCCCACACAUUAGACAUUGCUAUGACGGCAAACAAUGACAUAUGUGUCAUUCUGUUUUGGUGCUUUUGGACCAUGAGUUUUUCCUUGGGAGAGAGUUAGGUAGAGCAGUCUAACAUAGUUUCAUCAUCAUAAUCUUGCCAUUCUUGCGCUUAAUAAUCUAGCUUUUAUUCAUGUAUCAAGUUCGUGCAUGGUGAUUAUGAUUCAGAACAUAGUAAAAUUUCUUUUA